CAGUCCCGAAACUUCAUACGUUUCAGAGCACUGCCACAAUUUUAGUUCAGUGGUGUACAUACCAAUUUACAAUCACUCAGCUUGAAUUUUGCUCGAAUUUUUCUUGUGAUUUUUUGGUUAAAAGUGUCAUGAUAAAAAUGGAAACCCCAAGCGAGUUUACUGAGAAGCAGCCACCUACCCACGACCACCAGCCUCGUCUGAACGAGGUGGCCCAAAAGUUUCUUGCCGAUUUGGACGAGGAGCGCCAGCGUUUGUCCUCGGAGUUUCCACUAUGCGCACUUCUAAUCGACGAAGCUGUGGACCGUGUCUACUGCACUGGUCGUAUUCCCGGCAAGGAGUUCUACGCGGACGUGUACAAGCAGAAGCCGAUGAAGAUUACCCAAAAGGUCUUCGUGCCCGUUAAGCAGUAUCCCAAGUUCAACUUCACUGGCAAGAUCCUGGGGCCCAAGGGCAACUCGCUGCGCCGUCUUCAAGACGAGACCCAGUGCAAGAUAGCCAUUAAAGGUCGCAGUUCGAUCCGCGAUCGCAACAAAGAGGAGCAGCUGCGCAACACUGGCGACCCGAGAUAUGCCCAUCUUCAGAAGGAUCUCUUUCUGGAGGUCAGCACGGUGGCCACACCGGCGGAGUGCUAUGCCCGCAUAGCCUACGCCCUGGCCGAGAUACGUAAGUAUCUUAUUCCAGACAAGAACGACGAGGUUUCGCAUGAGCAGCUGCGCGAGCUGAUGGAAAUGGAUCCCGAGGGGGCCAAGAGCAUUCACGGGCCCAAUCUGGAGGCAUAUAGAUCUGUCUUCGACAAGAAGUUUGGUGGCAGCAGCAAUGGGGCUCCUAAGUACCUUAACCUAAUUAAGCGAACUGCGGAAAAUCCGCCCGAAGUCGACGUGGAGGAGGUGGCCUAUGAGUAUGAACAUCGUAUGCCCCCCAAGCGUCCUACCACGGGCUAUGAGUACAGCAAACCACGUCCAUCAAUAAUACCGACAAACGCAGCGGCAUAUAAACGUCCAUAUCCGACUGACAUGAAACGUAUGCGCGAACCGCCCAUCAAGUCCUAUAAGCCCAAUCCGUAUAGCAUACUCAAGAAAUAUAAAUAAUAGAGCUCCGGUUGAUUUCGUCGCACACCGCUAUAAAUGAAAACUAAGGACGAUGCUUACGAUAUAAAACCCAUACUGAGAGCACCUUGAAAACACUUUAAACAAGAAGAAAGCAGCAUUCAAAAUGAUGCAAUCAAUGAAUAAACAUUAACAUUUAUAAAAAGCGCACUGGCGCUAUCAAUUCCCACAAACAUAAUAUUAAUCUUAAUUUAAAAUUCGCAUAAAUAUGUUAUAACUGUUGGCAUGCCUUUUCUGGACCAUUUCAACAGAUAAUAAGUCUAAUAUAUACUAUUAUGUUUAAUUAUAAUUUACUGACCGUAUUUUUCGAUGAAUUUCAAACAUCUGUAAUAAAAUAAAACGCAUUGAAUGAAUUUAAUAAAUACUCUGCAAUCAGAUCUAACUAUGACCGCCCCUCAUUUACAAUCAAUAUAUGCAUUACAUUCUUAAACGAUUGUCUCAGUAGCAGUAGAACAAGGAGAUAUAUCUAAAAAAAUAAAUUGGUAAAGAAAUAAAACAGUAAGAACUUAUCACAUUGUUUAAUAAAAAGCAACGAAAUGAAGAUCACACU